AGGAACCUCAACGCCGAUACCCAGCGCAUCUCCGUACGUCUAACCGCUACAAUGGCCGCAGAAGUGCAGCCCCUGCAGCCGAUAAAGCUGCCCAAAGGCCCGGCGGCCAUCUCAGCCGAACAAAACUACUGGAACUCGUUUUCCUCACAACUGCAGCUCGAUCCGUCGCAACAUUCGUCGCCCGUAACAUUCAUAUCGUUUCCUCCUCCGCCACCCUCGAAUCUUACAGCCUCUUCGCAAGAAUUGUUCGCCGUGACAACCGGAUCGCGGGUGCAGAUCUUCUCGUCAAAGACACGGAAGCCGGUGAAGACGAUCAAUCGCUUUGGCGUGGACGAUGUGGCACACUCGGGCAACAUCCGCCGCGAUGGGAGGAUAGUAGUCGCAGGGGGUGAUAGCGGCGCGAUCCAGGCAUUUGACGUGAACAGUCGCGCGAUCUUGAAGACGUGGAGGGAACAUAAACAACCCGUUUGGAGGACAGAAUGGAACCCCACCGUCUUGACGGAGCUGAUGAGCUGCUCCGACGACCGGACGGUGCGCUUGUGGGAUCUCCCGAGUGAUAAGAGCACGAUGACUUUCAACGGACACCAGGACUAUGUGAGGUGUGGUACUUACAUGCCUGCGCAGAGCGGGCUUUUGGUGUCGGGGAGUUACGACCAGACGGUACGGUUGUGGGAUCCGCGCGUCGGCGGAAAUGCCGUGAUGGUGUUUAAACAUGCGGCAGCCGUCGAAGCGGUCUUGCCUAUGCCUUCGGGCACAACGCUCCUAGCUGCCGCCGACAAUGCAGUCAGCAUCCUCGACAUCGUGGCCGCGAAACCCGUCCAGGUGCUCCGCAAUCACCAAAAGACUGUCACCUGUCUCUCGCUCGCAGGGAAUGGCUCCAGACUGCUCACCGGCGCCUUGGAUGGCCACGUCAAGGUUUUCGAAACCCAGGGCUGGAACAUGGUAGCGGGGAUGAAGUACUCUAGCCCCAUUCUCUCCCUCAGCGUUAUCAGCAGCCAGAAGGAGGACAGGCACAUCGCUGUCGGCAUGCAGUCCGGUCUCCUCUCCCUAAGGACCCGUCUGUCAGGUCAACAAAAGGCGCAAGCCCGCGAGCGGGAGAAGGAAAUGAAGGCGCUCAUGGAAGGCAAAAUCGAAGAAUACGACCGCGCUAAGAAGCGUAAGCGUGGAAAGGGCUGGGAGAAGCGCGUCCGCGGCAAGGACUUCACGGGCGAGGGAGCAGACAUUGUCAUAGACGGCAAUGCCAGAGGGAAGAUCAAUGAGAAUAGGCCGUGGGGCAAGGCACUGCGUUGGGGGCAGUAUGCGAAGGCGCUGGAUUUGGUGCUGGAGUCCAAGGACGGAGACCAGCGCCAACAAAGUAUUACUAUUUUGACGGAACUCAUCCACCGCUCUGCGCUCCGCGUCGCCCUCUCCAACCGCGACGAGCUGACACUGCAACCCAUUCUCCGCUGGCUCAUCAAGAACAUCUCGGACUGCCGCAUCACGCGCCUCGUCACCGAUGUUGCAUUGCAAGUUCUCGAUUUGUACGCUGAUCAGCUAGGACGCAGUCCGGAGAUCGAUAUGCUCGUUGAACACCUUUUCCAGAAGGUCAAGCUAGCCAUUGAGGCCAGCCAAAUCUCUUGGAGUGUAAUGGGAAUGCUGGAUCUGUUGACCGCGGGAGCGCAGGCCGAGGAUGCCGUGGUGGCAGCGGAGUAAGCGAGGCGCACCGUGGGAUCCCUCGUUGUCUACAUAUUCUUGCAUAGCGUGGCGUUUCAGGAUUCGGAUUCGAAGUACUCAAAAAGUUGUUACGUGUAUGGGAUAUACCCAGCAUUAGAGGGAACGAGUACCUGUAUGUGAAUGACAAUGGCAUAUUGUACAAAC